UUUUUUGACAGGGGGAUUGACUGUUAAUACAAUAAUAAAAACAAAAAACAGUCCCACCCUAAGCCUGUCAAAAAUCAGUGGCAGGUGUCUGUCAACAAGGUUUACUCAGUAAUGUUGUUUCUGAGAUUUUUUAGGCUGAUACUAGUCAACAUGGAGGAAGGGAGGGAAGGUUGAGAUAAGAGACUGGCACUCUUUUGAAAGAGUAACGCUUUGGAUUUGGGACUUGGUUUAUUGUUUGUUUGUAGGAUUAGUCUAUGAGAAGAGGAUGGACAGUCACAGCUGAGCCGAGCUGAGGCAGGAAAUUGGUCUGCGGAAUUUUAAAAAGACAGCUAUAUUUGAAAAGAAAUGUGCAAAAUAUCACUCCAUUUGAGACCUUAAUUGUGAAAAAUGGAAUCCUGGGAAAGUUUACAUUAAUUCCUAAGAUGUGCUGAUUCAUCGUCUUCAUCGGUGACGCAGAGAUGGCUCCCGCUCCUCUGAAAGCACGUACACACUCAUUGUGUGUACUCCUGCCAGCUUCUUUCCGAUUGCCAAUAGACCUUGGUUAUCACAAAGCCGGGGUCUCCGGGCCAAAACAAUUCAAGUUGCGUGCACACGCAUGACGGCAUCCUGUGACAGAAGCAGUAUCAGCACCUGACACCUCGAAAACAGGAAAAAGCAUUUGGGCAGGAACACAGAUGGGUUCGAGUGCUUGAGGGAGGAGCACCACCACAACUAUAAAACUCGUCCGCGUGAGUCCCAACCUCACUCCGUAGAGAAAAGAGAGUCCAACAUGUCAUACUAUGAGCACAUCCUCUUUGACUAUGAAUACAAUGACAGCAGUUCUGGCUCUGGUUCUGGUGAUAUUGGGGUGGAUCUGGAGGAGCCUUGCGAGGUGGAGCACCUGAUGACCUCUGACUUUCAGCAGGUCUUUUUACCUGUGGUCUAUGCCCUCAUCUUCCUGCUGGGCAUCACCGGAAACGGUCUGGUGGUCUUUGUCUUGGGCUGCCAGCGUAGCUCAAAAUCCAGCCUUACCGACCGGUACCGAUUGCACCUCUCAGCUGCCGAUCUCCUCUUUGUUGUGGCGCUUCCGUUCUGGGCGGUGGACGCGGCGCUGGCCGACUGGCGCUUUGGCGCAGCCACCUGCGUCGGCGUGCACGUUAUAUAUACGGUCAACCUGUACGGCAGCGUGCUCAUCCUGGCCUUCAUCAGUCUGGACCGCUACCUGGCGGUGGUCCGAGCCACCGAUACCAACACGGGUGGCCUGAGGCAGAUGCUGGCGCACAGAUUGGUCUAUGUGGGCGCGUGGUUGCCCGCCAGUUUGCUGGCCAUUCCCGACUUGGUAUUCGCCCGAACUCAAGAAGGAGGCGAGGGAAGCACCCUGUGCCAAAGAUUUUACCCGGCGGAACACGCUCCUCUCUGGGUGGCCGUUUUUCACCUACAGCUGGUCCUCGUGGGUCUGGUGAUCCCAGGUCUGGUGCUUCUGGUGUGUUACUGCGUCAUCGUCACCAGGCUGACCCGGGGACCUCUCGGGGGUCAAAGGCAGAAACGACGAGCGGUGAGGACCACCAUCGCGCUGGUGCUCUGCUUCUUUGUGUGUUGGCUGCCCUACGGAGCGGGCAUCUCUGUGGAUGCCAUGCUGCGUUUGGAGGUUCUGCCCCGCAGCUGCAACCUGGAGGCCUUCCUGGGUGUGUGGUUGGCAGUGGCUGAGCCCUUGGCAUUUGCGCAUUGUUGCUUAAACCCGCUGCUCUAUGCCUUUCUGGGGGCAGGCUUCAAAAACUCCGCCCGCAGAGCCUUGACACUGAGCAGAGCAUCCAGUUUGAAGGUUUUACCGAGACGACGCAACGGGGCCUCCACAACCACAGAGUCUGAGUCGUCCAGUUUGCACUCUAGCUAGUGUUUGCUCAUUCUGACUCCAAGUGUGUGAGUGUGCGUGAAAUAAUAAUAGAAAUAAUCUGAGAAUUUAAGGAGCAAGUCCGCUGGCGGUCUUCUCUCAAUUCUCUUGUAAAUAGCGUCUUUUGUUGGGUCAAUGCUGCUGUGCUUUCACUGGACUGUAAUGGUUUAUAAUAAAUAUGGAGAAAAAA